AUGCAGCUGCCGCGGCUGCUACCGCGCGCGGGCGGCGCCGGCAAGGCGGGCAAGCAGCUCUUCGACCUCUUCGAAUCCUGCUUGUCAGACCUGCCGACCGGCGAGGCCGGGGGCGGCGCCCUGCGGCGGCGCACGGCGGCGGCGGCCGCGGCGGAGCUGCGGCUGCUGGCUGAGCGGCUACUGCUGCAGCAGGCCGAGGAGGGCGCCGGCCUGGCAGACGCGGCGCAGCAAGGGUUCACCCUUGGGCGGCUGGCGCAGCUGCUGCAGGCCGCGCUCGCGUCGCCCCCGCCGCCUGCGUCGGUGCAAGGGUCGGGCGCGGACGGCAUUGGCGACGGGGCCGGAGGGGAGGGCUGGGACGGCGCGCUGCUGCGGCAGGUGCUUUGGUGCAGUGCUGCCCUGCAGGCGCUGACCGUCGGCCGCUCGUCCGUGACCAAGGCAGCUGCGCGGCAGCUGGAGCGCCUGCUGCAGGAGCGCUGGGCCGUGCCCGCGGUGCCCGGUGAGGACGGGCCGCAUGGCGGGGACGAGGCCAGCGGCGGUGGCAGCGGCGGUGGCGGCGGCGGCGGCGCAGCAGUUGACGCAGCCGCGGCGGCGGAGGCGAGGCUGCAGGUGGCCCGCGCUGCGGUGCAGCUGCUAGAGUCGCUGCAGGCGCCCGCUGACGCAGCAUGCGCCGCGCCGGCGGAGGCGGCCGCCGCACGCGCCCGCUGGCUCCAGCACCUGUGCGGCCCGCUGCUGGCGCGGCUGUGCGCGUGCGUCUGCCCCGAGCGGCGGGAGCCAAUGUACAUGCUGCAGCUCAUCAAGGCGCCCAGCCAGACGGACUUCAUCCCGGGCAGCAUCGGCGGCGGCGGCCUCGUGGCCGCGUCGGACGUGGGCGGGCCCCUCAUGCGGCACGUCAAGAAUUUCGUCUGCCGCCGCCUCGAUAUGGAGGGGCUGCUGGAGGAUGACUUUGGCAUGGAGUUGCUGGUGGCGGGCAGUUUGAUUGAUCUGUCGCUGCCCAUCGCCGCCGUCUACCAGCGGUUCUGGCAGCAGCAGGGCAGCGGGGCCAGGGGCGGCCGGCGCGGCGGCGGCGGCAGCGCGGGCGCGGGCAGCGUCAUGGCGAUCACUUUCAGGCUGUCAGGCCUGGACGGCGAGGCGACCGAGCCUGUCGUGAAGCAGCUGCCCGCCGCCGACGCCGACGCGGGCAGCCCAGAGGAGCAGCACGCGGCCGCCGCCGCCCUCUGCGACCGCGCCGGCGCCGGCCUGCGGCUGCUGCUCGCCCUGCUGGCCGGCCCCGCGCCCGUCGCGCGCCGCGCGCGCCCGCAGCUGCUCAAGCUGCUGGCGGCCUGCUGCGCGCUGCGCGGCUGCCGGCGCGGGCUGCUCGGCGCGGGCGCGCUGCGGGCGCUGCUGCACCUCGUGCGCGCGGCGGCGGAGCCGCUGCUCGAGGCAGAGGCGGGGGACGCGGGCCCCAGCGCUCCCGCGGCGCUGGCGCCGGCCGCGCCCGUGCGGCUUGGCGGCGAGUGGUCGGAGCUGCAGCUGCUGGAGCUGCUGAGGCUGCUCGAGGCGCUCGCAAACGAGGCCAGCGCGGCGGACGCGCCGCUCGGCCACGCCGCGGACGCGCGCGCCCCCGCGGCGCCGGCCGCCUCAGCCGCGGCCGUGGCGGCCGAGGGGGAUGUGGCCGUCGACGUCUGCCAGCUGGCGCGCGGCCUGACGCUGCUCGAGCGCCACGGCCUCGGCGACUGCGGGGCCGUCCUCGCGCGCGUGCUGACCGCGCUCGCGCGCAGCGACGGCGCCGCGCAGCGGGGGCUGCUGGACCACUUUGCGGCGGCCCUCGACCUGUCUGCGCUCGACGCGGCGGCCGACGCCGCGGCGGCGGCGGCGCAGCGGCUGCAGCUUCAGGGGCUGCUGCGGCUGACGGAGGCGCUGACUCAGGGCGCUGACGAGGCGGCACGCGGGAGCGGCGGCGGCGGCGGCGAGGCGGGCGGGGCGGCUGGGGCCGCGGGGGCGGAGGGGGACGCGUGCGGAUUCAGGCAGCUUGUGCUCGAGCGCGGAGUCCCGGGGCGCCUGGCGGCUUACCUGGUGGGCUGCUUCGAGGCGCCGCCCGCGGGGGCCGCCCGCGCGCCGGGCGCGUACGAGCGGCGCGGGCGGCGCAUUGACGAGGACGGCGGAGGCGGCGGCGGCGGCGGCGGCGCUGAGGAUGGUGACGAGGAGGACGAGGAGGAGGGGGAGGCGGAGGGUCACGAUUGGAUCCCUUUCGCCUCUUCUCCUGCCGCGUCGAGCCCGAUCACGCCGAGGCCGCUGCGGCGGCGGCAGCGCCAGCAGCAGCAUGCGGCAGCAAGCCCCGCCUGCGCCCCGGCCGCGGCCUCGGCCACCGCAGCGGCACCGCCGCGGCACGUGGAGCCCGGCGGCGCGGCCUGGCAGGCUGCCGCCGCCCGCCCCGGCGUCGCGUUUGCGCUGCAGCUGCUGACGGCCCUCUCCCGCGGCCACGGAGGCGUGUGCGCCGCGCUCGCGGCCGCGCCCGGCCUGCUGGCGCUCGCGCAUGCGCUGGAGGGCGUGCACGGCGGCCGCGAGCUGGCGCCGCUGGCGGAGGGGCUGCUCGAGGCGGUCGCCGCGGCCGGCGGCGCGUGCGGCGCGGCGGGCGCCGUGGCGGAGAUGCGGGCCGCGACGCGGGCCGCGAUGAGGGCGGCGGCGGCGAGGAAGCGGGAGGCGAUGCUCGCAUCCAUGGGCAUGAUCCAG